UCUCUCUACUUCUGUGUGUUUUAGUUAGGCGGUGAUGUCCGUCUCAUACUCAGUCAAAAUAAUAGUAACGUUGAGUGCGUGAGUUGUUUGUUCAGUCGUACAUGUUGAUUAUUAGUAACAAACAUUAACAUUGUCGUGAAAACCGUGAGUAAACAUGUGUGAUCAAAAUAUCGCUUCUACUCAGAGCAUUGCGGACUACCUUGCUCAGUUAUUAAAGGAUAGAAAACAGCUAGCAGCGUUUCCCAAUGUUUUCAUCCACGUAGAACGACUUCUAGACGAAGAAAUAGCAAAAGUACGGGCCAGUUUAUUUCAAAUAAAUGGAGUAAAGAAAGAGCCACUUGUAUUACCAGAUCCAGAUGGACCAGUUACGACACUUACAGAGAAAGUAUAUGUACCAGUAAAAGAGCAUCCAGAUUUCAACUUCGUAGGGAGGAUUCUAGGGCCACGAGGCAUGACAGCCAAACAACUAGAACAAGAAACUGGCUGCAAAAUAAUGGUCAGAGGGAAGGGCUCAAUGAGGGACAAAAAGAAGGAAGAUCAAAAUAGAGGUAAACCUAACUGGGAGCACCUUUCAGAUGAACUGCACGUCCUUCUCACAGUCGAAGACACAGAAAACAGAGCCCAAAUGAAGUUGCAAAGGGCCGUAGAUGAAGUCAGAAAACUUUUGGUACCUCAAGCCGAUGGUGAAGAUGAACUGAAGAAAAGGCAGUUGAUGGAACUAGCUAUAAUAAAUGGAACAUACAGAGAUUCCACAUCAAAAGCGGCGGCCGUAGCAGAAUUUUUGAUUCCAGCCUGCGAUGAAGAAUGGAGGCGGUUAGCGGCAUCGGCCGUCGAAACCCAGCGCCUUCUCUCGCCCGCCAUGCCCGGCCUCACCACUUCGUUGAGGACUCCCACAGCACCCUUGGGCGCUCCCCUCAUUCUCUCACCCAGAAUGUCGGUGCCCACGACGGCAGCCUCCAUCCUGAACGGCUCUGCGCCACCCGGAUCGCUCCUCUCGCCCGGGGACCCGCACGGACUCAUCUACGCCCCCUAUGCAGACUACACGAAUUACGCCGCCCUUGCAGCGUCCCCCCUCUUAACGGAAUACACCACUGCUGAUCAUUCGGGUGCGGCAGCCGCGGCUGCGAAACAGCGACGAUUGGGACAAAUUAGGGAACAUCCCUAUCAGAGAGCGGGUGCGCUCUCCUAAAACCCAAAACUGACAAGGCUUUGUGGAGUGCUAACCCUCUCGUCACACACACCCCACACAACCCCCUGCGCCAAUACCUCGACUAACGAAAAAAAUCGGAUGCGCCGGACCAACUUCCAGGGUAGCGGUAUGUCUAACCAUGUACAUCACUAACAACGAUUCAUUGUGUAUACUAAAAAUUAACUUAUUGUGACGAUAAAGGUUAUUUUGUACCUCCCCCAUAUAACGGUUCCAACUCUAACGUGUUCUAGAACGUGAUGAGUGUUCCAGAUAUUGUCAGAGAUGGCGCGCGAUGGAAUAAAGUUGGGCUUUUCUCAAAAUAACGUAAUAUGUAUAUAAGGAGCGAUUAUGUUAAUUUAAGUUGGUUAAUAAGAUAAAUUCGAACUGUAAACUUGUAACUAAAUAGUCGUAUAUAAAUUACAACCGUUAGUUUUAUUUUAAAACGUACAGUGGUGUAACCGUUUGGAAUAUUUAAUUUAAAAGUUUACAGUUCGAAUUUAUCUUAUUAACUAAGUUAAACUAAUAUCAUCGCUCCUUAUAUACACAAUACGUUAUUUGUAGAAAAGUCCCAUCUUUAUUCCAUCGCGCAGAAUCGUAAUUUUUGGAACACUCCUCAUCUCUCGCAUCAGGCCACGACGCUUCGAGAACACGUUCGAGUUGGAACAGUUAUAUGAGGCAGGUCCCAAAUAACCUUAUUCGUUACAUAUUAUUAUUAUAAUACAGUUGAAUAAGUUUUUUCUAAUAUUUUUAACAAUUUUUUAAUAUUUAUUAGUUGUAUGAACAAAAUUUUUGAAAAAAGUGCUUUUUGAUUGUGAUUUUGUCUACCAGUUUACGUUUUGUUUAAUGUAACUAAGGACAUUAAUUAUUAUUGGCAUUUUAGGUUUUAGUGUUGGUUUUAUCGUUCCUCGUAUGUUCUUGCCUGAAAGCAACGCGAUUUUGGUAUGCUUUCUCAAUAUUCUUGAACAAAAUUUUAAUAUGUUGAUCUAUACAAAGAUCAGUCACAUAUUUAUGAUUUAAUGACAAUAAAACUCCUGAACCAUCAUCAUCAUCAAAGCCUUGCAAUAACUCUGGAUUAUGGUUAACACCAUAGCGCUUUGUCUCAAUAGGGACAGCAAGAUAACAAUAUUUAGAGUGCCAUCACGUGCUCACAAGAGCUCAAGGUAUGAGGAAGAGGUGGAUGGUUUGUCAUUCUCUCUAUAUGUCCGUACCAAGUAAGCUGUUUUUGCUGUAUUUCUUGUAUGAUGGUGGUUACUCUGUCCAUGAUUUGUCUUAUUCUUUCAUUUAUUACGUGUGGAUAUACCUGCUGAUCUGCGCCAAAAAUCCAUUUCCAGAACUAGGAGUUUUUGCACUGUUCUCUUAGGGAGUUACCAGGUUUCACAUCCGUAAAGUACGAUAUAAUAAUAUAUUAUUGAUUUUAUUUCUAGCGUUAGAUAAAUAUUUACUGUAUUGAAAUAUAUCGGAACUUUUUAGAAAUGUUUCAAUUCACGAGGAAAUUCAGUGUUUUUUUCUUAGAUCCUUUAUCUACCUUUACACCAAAGAAAAACUGAUCUAUCUUCUUUUUUCUGACUCAAUAUAUGUAGAUUCUUGAAGGCGUGUUCUACGAUCUUGUACGUAUUUUUCAUGACUCGUUCUUUCUUUGUCGCUCUUUUAUCUUGAUUUUAUUUUAUUUGUUACCCUGUAUUGUUGCUAUUAUAUGUACGGCAUUUAUUAUCGUUACAUAUACGUUAAAUAUACUUUUACACCAAAAAUAUUUUUUAAUUCAAUAAAAACAACACUAAAACCACACUGUACCAUACUAUACUGAAAGAAAUGUUGAAUACUGCACUCAAAAGGCUCUUUUACAAUAAAUAUUUAAGAGAUAUACUCUUGAAAAUAUUUUAUAUUAUAAAAGAAAGCAGGAGUAAAAAAGUGAAAGUGACAUACUAAAGAAUGCUCCAAAUGAAUUAAAGAAAAAAAUAUCCAUCUGAAACAAAAAUUACACAUAACUUUUUUGCUCUUCAUUAUUGUUCGUUGUAAAGGCAAUUGAUGAUGGUAAAAUCAAUGAUGUGUCAACACGACAUGGUAAGAGAACCGUUCUAUCUUAUUCUGCUGUAUUAGUAUCUCGAUUUUGUAGUCUUUUAGAUUAUUAGUGUUCUGUGUUAAAUGCUCUUAAUGAACGUUUGUAUUAUUACAAAAAGUGAAAAGUUUUAUCGAAUAUUAGUUGAUAAUUUAUUGAGUUUUUAUGAUAAAAACAUUCUAGAGUUGAUAUAUUGUAGCAGAAUUGGUUGCCGAAAAAAUGGAUCUACAGAUCUCAUUCAUUCGAAUCUUUUAUGUAAUCUCAUUUUCAUUGAUAGACAAUAUACUAUCCAGACUGCGCCAUUUACUGUCAAUUCGUCUCGAGUAUUUUUUAAAACUUUUAAAGAACUGAAUUAUUUAGGUUUUUAUCGAUCAAUUAAGAGCACUUAACACAGUUAACUAUCCGAAAACGAGUCCAAACUUUCUAGGAAAAGAAUACUCUAUUGAAUCUCAAAUUCAAAAACACGCGAAACUUUGGAUUCGUUUUCGUUUUCCGAUAUUUUGUACACUUUGUAGGUAGGCUAGCAUUUAUCCAUUUUAAUCAGUAAUUUACUAAUCUCUCCAUAAUGUUUUUAGUCUAAGAACGAGCUUUUGGCACGCAUGGAACAUAGUGGGUGAUUUAAAAGAAGAUUUGUUGGUAAUAACUUCCAAAAUAUUACUAAAAAUCUUAACUAAUUAUAAAUUUGGUAUGUAAACUUCGAACAAUUAACGACAGAUGGCACUGUUGACAGUUUAAUGAUAAUUUUUCUCAGUGUUAUAACCUAACAAACGCUUAUUUGGGGGUAUCUAAAAUGAUCAGCAUGCACUUCCUUAAUACUAAAAUCUGGAUUCUCUAGCAUAUCAUCAAGCUGAUACAGUAUGUCUAUGUUUGUUUGUUCCUCUAUCUUGAUCAUUUCAAUAAGGAUAACAAACUAUUAUUCCCAUCAGCGAUAAUGAUACGUUUAUAAGAAAGUUUUACGUGAAGAAGAACCUUUUCUAUUUCUUCUGUUAAUAUCUUGUUUACUAGCUGCUUUGCUAGCCAGUUUCAAGUGAUAAUUGUGGAUUUCUUCUAUCUCUUUUAUUCCAGACAGCUUUACUGUGAUUUCAGGUUCAGAAAACCACUUUUUUCUUUUUCUCGCACUAACUGAAAGUUAGGUUAGUAUUUUUAACUCGUUCAUUGCGUUUUUAACUGAUGUAAGCCGCCAAAAAAUACGUUUGUUUUGCUGUUACCUCUCAUGGGUUUGAUGAAUUCCGUCAACUAAAGUCAGGACAUUGAUAAUUUUAUUUUUUGACCUGCAGUGAACGUGUUAAGGUUUAUUCAACAGACUUCUUUUUCCACAGAGCCGGAUUCAAAUGUUUUAGGAAAGAAUUCACAAAAUAUCAAGAAAUACGUGCUUCAAAUCACUGUCGCUAUAUUAUAAAUCUUUGAUAACUUUUUUUAUAUUGUCUACUGAUCCCUAUGCUUCAUGCGAUUCAUAAGCUUCAGACUAUUCUGUGAAGUACAAAUCAAGAGUUUUCUAGAGUGCCAACAAUACUUUUAGAGUCUUUUAAGAAGCUCCCAAAGAUUUUUAAGUUUAUUUUCUAAUCUUUAAAUGAAACAUCGGAGAGUUCACUGCAACUGAUUUUAGUUAUCAAUUUUCGAUAAUGAAUUUAAAAUUAAUUUUAUUUAGAGAUAAUUUAUGAAUUAUAUUCUUUUUCGUGUAAUUUUAAUCAAACAAUUGUUGUUGUCAAAGGCCUAGAUCAUGGACAGUAUUUUUUAUACGAUCUAAUACCCCAGUAUUCUUCGCCAGGUUUAUUUCUGCAGAUUUAAGGCUCUAGACCACUUUUAGCUUCUCUAAUUAUCAAUAAAUCAGAUUGGAGAUAUCUUCUGUCUCGUAAAUAUACAGUCUCAAGACGAAAAUAGCGCAUAGCUCUUUUUCUUCGAAUGAUUUUUCUACAUCUCUAAUCCAAUGAACUUGGUUCAUUACCCACAGCUUAUUCCAAAGCCAAAAGUCGUAUUAAAAGGGCAAGUUUCUCUGAUACAAACAAGAGAAAUUAUAUCCAAGCAAUUAUUUCAAGGAAUCUGUUCAUAAAUACAUGAAAGAUGUUCACAAUUCGUUAUUUUAUGGAAAGAUGUUCACAUUAACAUAGAAAGAUGUUCACAAACAGAGGAUAAUUGUUUACAAGUAGUUAUUUCUGAUAAACUGUUCACAAAUACGUAAAAAACGUUCCCAGAAACUUGGAAACAUUGUUUUUAACCUGCUAGUGGAAAAGGUCCCUGAAAUAAUUGCCUAUGUUUAAUUUCCUUUGUAUUUGUGAAUAUUUUCAUGUUUUUAUGCCCAUUUUCCGUGAACUAACUGCUUGCGAAUAUUUUCCAAGUGCCUAUGAACAUUUCUCCAUAUAUUUGUCAAUAGUUUUACUGAAACGGCAAAGAUUUGCAAAUAAUCGCAAAGAAAAUUAUGCUCAAGCAAUUAUUUCAAGAAAACUGUUCACAAAUACUAUAAACAAUGUUUACAAACAGUUAUUUCAGUGAAAAUGUUCACAAGUACAAUUUUCCAUAUAUCAACAAGUAGUGCAUAUGUUACAGGUACUUAUGAACAAUUCUCCAAAUAUUUAUGAACAAUUUUCAUGAAAUAAUAAUUGUCUUGUGUUCUUUGAACAUUUUUUUCAUGUAUUUGUGAACAUUUGUGAACACUUUCUUUAAAAUAACUGCCUGGGUAUGAUAUUUUCUUGUGAUUUUAAAUCUCCUAAUUUACUACUGUUAUUUGGCCAGCUUAUUUAUCUUUCUGGAAUGUAUUUUUGAUCCUACACGAUAGACAAUGCUGCGAACUUAAGCGCACUCCAUUGCGAUGUUGUCAGGCAAAUAAAAAUAUCCUGGAACUUAAGAUAUGUUAGAACAGUAUGAUGUAACUGUAUGUCUGCAUCGAUUAAAUAUGUAAGAUAUCUCUUCUUAGCAAUUAUUUCAAUGUCUGGUCAGUGGGACUUUCUCUGCUACUUCUUGAAGAGUAAUCGUGCAUCCAAUAUUGAUUCCUCAACCUCGAUGAUUUUUGGCCUUUUUAAGCAGUUGUUUUAAUGUUAUUAAAUAUAAAUUACAUAAACGAUUAUUUUGGAAUUUAAUAAUUUUUGUAAUUUAAUAAAUUGUUGUAUUAUCUUUAUGUAUUUAUAUACAUAAAUAUAGCAUUGUGUAUAGUAUUAUAAUUAUUAAUUUGUGAUUAGAAAAUGAAUUUUAGUCCAAAUUUUUUGGGACUCGAAAAAGUAGACAGGUUGCCUACCAAGAAAAAUUACAUCCCUUUCUAUUUUAGUACUUAUUACGUUUUCUUGGUAGGGCAGAGAUGCUGAUUUUUUGCGUACGGAUUAGUCCAGACGCCAUCUUGAAUCCGGAUGGUUAGCAAAAAAGAAAAAGCCUUCAAAAUAUUCAUUUAAAGCCGAUAUCUUUGAGUAAAACAUUUUACAAUAAAAAAGGGUUACUAAAAAUUCAGGGAUGAAAGUCAAAGGGAUCCAAAUCUGGCUAUUAGAGAGGAUCUUCCAACCAUUCACCCUUUAAAUUUUCCAAUUUGCGUAUUGUCAAAAUGACUUUUUAACUGCUCGCGAACAUUGUGUCAUGUAUUUGUGAACAGUUUCCUUGGAAUAAUUCCCUGUGUUUAAUUUCACUUGUAUUUGUGAAAAUUUCCGUGCAUCAUUUUCGAUGAAAUAACAGUAAAUAUUUUUCCAGGUACUUGUGAACCUUUCUGACAUUCACAUAUUUAUGAACAGUUUUCUUGAAUUAGUUAGAUGCCUGUAAAUAAUUCUGUUGUGCUUUUGAACAUUGAUCCAUGUAUUUGUGAACAUUUUUCAAUGAAAUAACAGCUCGUGAACAUUGUGUCAUGUAUUUGUGAACAGUAUCCUUGAAAUAAUUCCCUGUGCUUAAUUUCCCUUAUAUUUGUGACCAUUUCCAUGCAUCAUUUUCCAUGAAAUAACAGUGAAUAUUGUUCCAGGUACUUGUGAACCUUUCUCAUAUAUUUAUGAACAGUAUCCCUGAAUUGGAUGCCUGUAAAUAAUUGUGAUGUGCAUUUGAACACUAUUCCAUGUAUUUGUGAACAUUUUUCAAUUAAAUAACUGCUUGGGAACAUUGUGCCAAUGUAUUUGUGAACAUUUUCCUUAGAUAUACAUGUCCGUGCUUUUAUAUUUUGUAUAAAAUUACUGCGUGUAAAGUGAUUUUUAUGUACGCUCAGCCAGCUUAUUUAUCUUUGGAAUUAAUUUUGGAUCUUAAACAAUACUAAGAACUGGAGUGCACUCUAUUGCGACGUUGUCAGACAAUUAAAAAUAUCCUGGAACUUAAGACUUCGUAAGUUGUAACUGCAGGUCUGGAUCUAUUAAAUGUGUCAAGCCUUCUUAGCAACUAUUUCUAUGUCUGGUCCGUGGAACUUACUCUGCUACUUCUUUGAGGAUAACUAAUGAGAUAUUUAUGCCAUAGUCGGGCCAGUAGGUGAAUUUUUUUUGUACGGCGCCUAAAUUCAAAGUGUUUCGAAACAUAUUUUGAAAAGCUUGUCCUUUUUGGCUAGCCCUUCGAUGUUACAGGUUGGCACCUGGACUAAGCGGUAAGGUAGGUAUUUAUUAAGUGACUUAAUAUGUAAUUAUAAUAAUACACUUCCCUGGAAUAACUAAUUCGCUCAACUAACUCUUCAAACAUAUCUUCCACCAGCUAAAACUGAAAACAAAGUGCCUGUUUAGUUGCUACGAUUUAGUUUUUCCAGGAAAGUUGGAAAAAUGAUCAAAUUAUUAUCUUUUUUAUAUAUAUUUAUGUGUAAAUUUAUUUCUAUGCUGUUUUCUUUAUAUUACGUAUAUUAGGUAAGAAAAACAAGUUGAAAAUAUAGGGGGCUCAUCUCAAUUCGCGAAAAUUAUAUUUUACUCAAAGCAGGGUGUACAUUUUUCCAUUUUAUUGCAAGAAAAAUUUUAUUUUUUAAUUUUGAAGAUCUGGAAAGUGUUUGGAUCGGUUUUACAUAGAUCAUGGCUGGACUAAAUCUAAAUCAAUUUGACUUUUUUUUAGAUCUUUGAGUGCAUAGUCCCAUCUGUCUUUUGAGGCAAGUCUUCGCUAGAGCGGAGGGAGCAAUAGGUUGAAACCAGUCCCUCAAAUACGUGGUAUAAUAAAUUAGUGGAGGUUCUUCUUCUGUGGAAUCAUCUUUCAGAUCCUGUUGCUAUCUCUUUAUGCAGGGAAUAAUGUCAACGCACAAACUCAUAGUUUCUAGUGACGUUUUCAAAAAAUAGGUUAUAGAAUACAGCCCAAGGCCCUAAUCUAAGGUUUUGUCUAAAAUUCCGUUUAGUACUGACCUCUUUUUGGUUUUAAAAGUGUACUGGCAAUCUACAGUGUUUUUAUCUAUAAAUAAAUUCUGAUUUUCUCUCCAGUUCUCUCUAACUGCAUAAUUCCGCAUGGUAAUUAGUGAGAAUGGCUCUAUCUUCGGUUUAUAUAGGAUUACAGAUUUCCCUUCCGCAGUUUUGUCUUUUCCAAUCCAUUUUUCCAGAGAAACGUGUCAUAGAGAGUGUUUUCCGUAAAGAGUUUAUGCAACAAUGAGCCUGAGAAUAUUUUUCUCCAGUCAUGUGUACGCUUGCUACUAAGCCACUCAUGCUUGUUCUUGUACUGUCUAUCCAUUUCGAAUGUUGGCAAAACCAUCAUGGCAAUCUGUACUUUGCACAUUGCUGCUCUGAAAAGAUUUGUGGUUUUGUGUUGAACCACGUACGUAGAUUUUUCAGAAAAGAAAUCCUUUGCCUUCCUGGUCUUCGUUUUUCCUGUACUUUUCCCUGUAAAACUAAUUCUAAAACUAAGCAAUCCAUAUCUUUAUCUGAUCCUCAUGAUAUGACCGAGGUAUUCGACUUUGGCUUUUUAUUGUGAUUAACAGCUCUUUUUCUUUUUGCAUUCUAAGCAAAACACCCUGUAAAGUAAUUUGGUCGGUAUAAGAUAUCUUCAGGAUUCGACGAUAAAGCCACAUUUCGAAAGCCUCAAUUUUCUUGCAGGUAUCGCCUGUGAAAGUCCGUGACUCAACUCCGUACACCAGUAUAGGGAAAACAUAACAUCGUAUUAUUUGAAAUCUGCAUUUUUUUAAAUGCAGAUCUUGUUUUCUGUAUCCCACAUUCACAUCACUCCUAUAUUCACAUCCACUCACUUUUGUUGAUUUUAUUUUAUUGUAUUUACACUUCAUCCAGCCUCAAAAGUCCAGUGCUGAACAUAGGCCUCCUCCCCUCGUUUCCAACCCCAUCUAUCCUACGCCGCUCUCAUCCAGUUUUUAUUUAGCUUUCUUAAGUCGUCAGUCCAUCUUGUAGGCGGUCGUCCGACGCUUCUCUUGUCUUCUCUUGGGCUCCAUUCUAAUAACCUCUUUGUCCAUCGCCCAUCUGUCAUUCUGGCUGUGUGUCCUGCCCAUCUCCAUUCCAACCUGGCUAUCCUUUCGAUUACGUCAGUCACCUUUGUUCUUCUCCUGAUUUCUUCGUUUCUGAUUUGAUACACUGGAGGUUGAUAAUAAAUGGAAGAAAUAUCAUAAUAUAUUAUGUUUAUGUAAGAUGGAACUUACUUCCUGAUGACUUAUUUUUAUCUUCCUUUUUAGAAUCAUUUUAUGCGCUAUCGAAUCGAUCCCUUUCGUAAGUCCUGUAUAAUUGUUUUCUUUUUAUCAGUGUCGGGAUAUAUUAUCAGAGUCAUCAUUAUCCAUUCUAGGGUAUUCUUUAUUCAAACUUGGUAAUAAAUUUUCAAACGUUUGCUGAUCAUUAACUAUGGAGUCCCAGGCAGUAUGAAAAGUAUUAAAUCUUUUGUUUCUAUUAUUGGUACAUAUUUACUCUGCAACAUUUGCAGUAUCAUGCAUUUUAUAUUCAUACAAUUUUUGCCACAGUAACUCUCUAGAAAAUUCAGUCUUUUUUCAUGUAUUGUGAUCAGUUUUUACCACAUUUCAGCAGCAUGUUCACAGUUUAUUAAAUGUUGUAUUUGAUCUUGGCAUACUGUCGAUAACAAAACUACCUGUCAUUCUAUUUUUUACACUAGCUGCUAGGUUGGUCUUCGGGUUUUGCAAUCGUUUCAUUCACAACUGAACACAGUUUCUCUGCUUUACAAAAUACGAAAAUGAAGACGGGGGCCCCUCACAAUUUAAACGCAACAACAACUAAACUUUUUUCCGUCCAAACUCGACAGGUUACUUUUUACAUGUGUCUGGGCCCAUAACCUGUUAAGUAAAACAUGAGAAUAUUCAUCUGCCUCUAAAAUAGUUUGACAAGAAGUAACCUAAAAAUAAAAAUUAUUUUCUUCUACGCUCUCGCUUGAAGGUUCAGUCUUCAAUAUCACAUUAGUCCAGGAGAAGGUAUCUCAGAAAACCGAUUCCAACACUUCUUAGAACUCGCUUUGUAAUAAAUUUCUCGAAAUACAAUUGUAUUAUUAGAUAGUUAGAUCUGACGUUGAAAGCAAAUCUCGAUAUUGUCCGUCCAGGUUUUUGAAAGAAAUUUUCGAAUUGUAUCGUAAAAGCAAUAAGUAACUUGAUGGAAGUCAACAUAAAUACUCUCGAUCGGAUUUGGACCACGUGCAAUAACAAAAAUAUUGAGCCAUGUGCAAUUUGUUGAUGAUUUUGGACAUUUAUUGAAAGUAAUCUCUAUACUUUUUGUUGUACUUAGAGUAGAUAUGUAGUAGGUUGGAGUUGAUGACACGAUACAAAAAAUUACGCUCAACAUUUUUUUAAUGAAACACGUAAUUUGCAUCUAUCAGUAGCAACAAAAAAUUUUAUUUUAUCUUUGGUUGAAAGACUGAUACAUUUUGUACACACUUGAACGAAUCAAGGAAGUGAAAAAAAUGUAUAUCAAAGUGUGUAAAAAGUAUUUAUUUCCUUAGUUAAGCGCUUACCAAAUUAAGUAUUUCCAAAAUUUAUACAUUAUAAAUAAAUCAUGAUUCGAGAGUGCUCUUAGUAGCAUUUAACGUGUCUUGGUUUGUUUAUUUCUACUGCAUCUUGGUUGUAAGUUUAGUAUGUAUAGUGAGAUCAUUUUUUGUAAAGAAAAAUACCGUACGAUGCAUUAAAAAAAAUGGUUGAGUGAUAAUUUUUUUGUUGAGUGUUAUAAAAUGUAUUUUCUCAUAGCACAAUUUGUUAAAUUACACCAAGUAGUAAGUAAUUUUUUAUUAUAUUUUUUUUAAGUUUUUAAUUCUCCUUUUGUAUCUUCUUUUUUAUCAAUGCUUCACUUUUUUUGACUUCAUUGUUUUCUUCUUAGCAGUUUUUCCCUUGUCCCCUUAAUUCGCCUUAUUAAAAUAUUAUUUUUUAUUGUUAUUUGUUCCUGUCUUAACGUUAUUCUCUUUCUAAUUUCUUUUUCUUAAAAGAGUAAAUCCAAAGGGUAUAGUAGAAACAGAAAUCGGUCAGAAUGCGCAACAAAGUGGCGGUAUCAAUGUUUGGUUUAAGAAAUUCGAGAGGCCAUUUUAAAGAAAAGAUUUUAAGAUCCCAUUAAACAUUGUAAAUUAGUUAUUUUAGAACAGUAAACACUAUCUACAGUUAAAACUAAAAUAAAAAAAUAUUACGCAAGAGAAAUUAAACGUUUUUUCUAAUUUUAAGUACACAAAAAAGCAAGUUCAUUAGCGGAACCGAAUUCAAAAUUAUUUUGCACAUCAUAUUUGAAACAUUAUUUGGUUAAAAUGUCUCAUUUUUGUUGGUAGAAAAAUAUAUUAAUUUUUCUGGACUAUUACUGUUCUGUUGAUAUCCUAUUCACACAAUGUUGCCAAACUGAAUUUUGUUAUAUUCGGUUUAAAAUUUCUAGUCGAUUUCCGAGCCUACUAUACCCCCCACUUAAAUGCCCUCAAUUACAGAAUUCUAUUCUUUUAUUUUUUUACAUUAUAUGAAAAUUGAAUUCUGAAAGUGAGGAUAUUUUAUCUUACAUUACAGUGAGGACAUUUUGCCUGAUCUUAACAGGAGUAUCCUUGAACCAUUCUCCCUUUUUUAUAUAUUAUUUCUUUAACACUUUUCUGUAAAUAUGGCUCUUAUUCUUCAUUUUCCUUCUAUUUAUCCUUCCAUCACCAAUGUUUGGUCUAAGAUUUUCUGUGUUUAUUUAAAUAACACUAAGAGUCCAUGCUUCACAUUUAUCCAGUCACACCAGCCUGUAGUUUCGAUAAAUUGUGCCAAGAAUAUACUUUUUGGUCGACUCCAAAAAUGUGGCUAUAUAACAAAGUUUUAAAAGGCAUUAUUUCGUUAAAGAAGGGUAGCUUAUAUACCUGUAAUGAAAUAAAUUAUAUUUGUAAUAAUUUUUAAGAUAAAUUAUGUGUCAUAUUAAUAAUAUUUUAUGUUAUUAUUUGUUGUAUUUUGAGCAACUCGAAUCGUUUGGGUUUUUCAGAAUAUUUUGAGAUUAUGAUAUGUAUUAUUGUGCACAAAUCCAAUAAAAAUAUCUAAUAAGUGUUAA